AAGUAGACAACUCCUCAGAGCAAGAUCAUCAAGCUCUUCAUUUGCAAUAGAAAUGGAAUAUCAGAACCUGGGAAGGCAACAGAGAUCUAAAGGGGCCAACAUGAAGCAGGCAUUGAUGGUGAUGCUGCUUGUGGUUGGUUGUGCUUGGUUGACAUACCAGAUCAACCAUUCAAGACAUAAACCAGACGACUAUGGCCGACUACCCAAGCCUCUUGAGCAAUACUGGGCUGUGUCCUUGGGGCGUAAAGGCUCACCAUCAUGGUUGUAUGAAAUUCAGUUCCCUACUACCUUGGGAAAAGUCCAUAUAGAAGAACCUAAGAACGAUGAUAAUUCUGGAAAUACGGAUGACACAGCAAGCAAAAGUGAGGCAGAUGACAAAGGGCAAGGCAAUGUUGAGAAUUCCAAGAUGGCAGUCAUUAAUGAUUUUGAAAGUAAUGAGAAGGAAGCUAAAACCUUGACAGGUGGGGCUUGGGCCCAUACCUUUGACGAUGAAAACGGUGUUCCGCCUGAAGUUAAUGGAACUGAGACAAUGGGCGGCGUGGCGCAGAUCGACAUCGUGCAUGGAGAAAACAUAUCAAAUGAUAGUAAGGGAAAUGGAGCCGUCAAAAGCAAUAUUUUAGGAGUCAAAUCUUCAGAAAAUGACAUUGUUGAAGUGACUUUUGGAGGCUCAGAGUCUAUAGUAGUUGAUGCAGAAGUAAAUUCUCAAAGUAUUAUUGCUCAUGCUGAUGCAUGAGUUUGUAAGACUCUGAGUCUGUUUCGCGUAAUUGUAAAUAAGAACUCAUCAGAAUCACCUGUUAUCAUUAGCAGCAAAAGCAAAAAGCUGCUGGGAACAGAAG